UCACAGAAUACGAACAUCACCGUCACUUAUGACAUCUUCAGAUGCUGAUUCAUAUUCAUCAUUCUCAUCAUCGGUUUCAUCAUCGUCGCUAACAUUGUCUCUGAGACUGAGAGUUCUAAGUUCACUUAUUUCAUCUGCCUGGAUGCUGGCAUAGUGAUGGAACAUCAUUUUUACUCCAGUGAUUACUGAGAGCUUUAGUCUCAAAUUAUAUCUGAAUGAGUUAUUUUUCUUUCUUUCAGCUCUUUUGUACCUCACUUCAAUUUCUCGUAUCUUUUGAUCUAAGAGUAUUAUUUGGUCACAGGCCUUGUCAAACUUUAGUCGGGCCAUCGAUAUUCUGUCCCUCCAAUCUUUAAGAUCCAUAUCGACAUAUGAGGUGUAUUUAAUGAAAUAGGCUAUUAUGAAAAUAUGAUAUUUUUGAAAAAUUUUAAAACCCGGAAGUAAGGUACAUCUCGCGAGAGUAUGGCCGAGAUCUCGUGCAACUCGUCAUGACAACAUAUACAAGAUGGAGUAUACUGGAAGUAGCUACGAUGGCGAAUACAAGAAUGGAAGGUUAGAGGGAAAGGGGAAAUAUAAUUUCCCAACUGAGACGAAGUAUGAUGGUGAACUAAAAGAUGGUGAAUUCCAUGGUAAAGGCACUCUCCAUUUCCCUAAUGGGAGCAAAUAUGAUGCAACAUGGGAAAAUGGAAUAGCAACUGAGGGGAAGUAUACAUUUGCUGAUGGACUGCAGUAUGAAGAAGAAGAUUGGGAAUAUUGUGAUGGCUAUGAUAGGAGGUUCUACACAGAGAUAUGUGAUAAUCUAAAGCCUGCAGGACGAUCCCAGCUUACCAACAGAAUUCCACCCAGGGAUAUCCCAGAAGGCUGCUAUGAUUGUGGGGAUGGUUUCUACAAUCCAAAGACAAGAGUUGUUGUAGAUUACAAACAUAAAUUCCUAAGGAAUGCAGAUGACGAUGAACACAAAUGGAUAGUGGAAACGUGCAGAAAAGGUUGGGAUGAAAUUGUAGGAUACCAAAAACCAACUGUGCCAGUUGACUAGCAGACUUUUUAUUACAUAAUGAGACUCAUUCAAUUUAUUUAUUACAUCAAUUUCAUUUACACAAUCUGAAGUAAUCAACUGUGACUUCAUAAAGAUAUGAGAAUUAUCUUAGCUACUAUAAUGAACAGUACCAUAUAUGGUUGGAAUUAUGGUAAGAAUAAUCUCAAAAAAGCCAGACAGAUACGACCAUUAUGAAGAAGAGAUCACUGUAAUAUUGGACUUGAGAUGGUACAUCUAUACAGAGGUGUUUUAUAUGUCUCUGAUCUAUAUAUGUUAUUGUCACAUUGACCAGGGGUAGUCACUACUGGCAUUGGAAGUAUUAGAGACAGAGAACAUGAUGCAUGUACCAAAAUGUUUUUAGAAGAGCCGGUGAGAAACAUCAACUUUUUUUACAGAAA